AUGGAGGGGGCAAUGCAUCUACAAGAUUCACCAAUAAGAAUCGUUUCGGAAAAGCUUAAAAAUGUAAAACAUUUAUCUUCAGAAGCAUGUAUAUUUAAAGUAUACAAGAGGCUGCGUAGAACAAACCCAGAUGCUUAUACACCUUUGACAAUAUCCAUCGGGCCUUACCAUCAUGGGAAGCCGGAGUUGAGGAAGAUGGAAAGGUUUAAGGAAUUGUAUACACAGUCCCUUUUAGAAAGAGCAGAAGGAGUAAGUGUGGAGGAGUGUUGGAAGAAAUUAAAGGAGUUGGAAGGCAGAGCUGAGAGCUAUUAUGGUGAUGAGAUAGAAGAAGAAGUUAGUGGGGAUGAAUUCGUGACGAUGUUAAUGCUUGAUGGUUGCUUUAUAGUGGAAUUUGUUAUUAGAUCAUUUCUUCGAGUGCUUGACGGAGGGCAAGAAUACAAGGAUGAUCCCAUUUACAAGAUGAUGAUUAGCGGGAUGGAAAGUAAAAUUCUUCGUGACAUUUUGCUCCUGGAAAACCAACUCCCCUUCUUUGUUUUGAAAGCAAUCUAUGACAUGAUUAAUCCUGGCAACCUGGAAUUCUCAGAGAUGGUGAAAAUUGCAUUUCGGAGUAAGAUACCAAAGAUGAACAUUAUCUCCCUACUCAAUACUCAGGUCAACCCCCAUGAGGUAAAGCAUUUACUUCAGAUAGUGCACAUUCUCUAUCAACCCCCACCCAAAAAUAAUGGGCAGAUUCAGCAGCAGAAGACAUGUUCUUCUUCUUGCUGCUUUUGGAAACAACCGCAAGGCCAAGGCGGCUCUGAUAUUGAACCCCAACCCCAUAAUCUUAGAAACGGACAGGAUAGGCGGAUGAAUUUCGCAUGUUUUCUCUGCAUGUUUGGGAAACAACCACAAGGCGGCGGCGCCUCUGAUAUUGAAUCCAAUAGUCUUAGUAAAGAUGAGGACGAGGAGUUAUUAUGCAGUAUCCGUACUGCAAGUGAGCUUCAAGAAGCUGGAGUUGACUUCAAAAAGGUUGGCAAGAUUAGAAGCACCUCUUCUGAUCAAACCAUAAGUCUAUUUGAUAUAAAGUUCAAUCACGGCGUAUUGGAGAUCCCAUCUUUCGCUCUCUAUGAUCCAACAGAAACAUUCUUCAGAAAUCUCAUAGCCUACGAGCAACAUUCACCGUAUUUGCGUUCCAAGUAUUUCACAGAGUAUGCCGUGUUCAUGGAUGAUCUUAUUAAUACGGAGAAGGAUGUCAACUUACUUCGUCUUAAGGAUGUUUUUAUAAACAAAUUGGGAAAUGACAAAGAAGUGACCCAGCUUUUUAACAACUUAGGCAAAGAGGUUACGUAUUCCACUUAUGACUAUUACUACAAUGAUGUGUGCAAAGAACUGAAUCGACAUUGCAAAAAACCCUGGAAUGCAGCGAUGGCAAAACUAAGACGCAAUUAUUUUAACAGUCCAUGGGCAGGGAUUUCUACCUUUGCAGCUAUACUGCUUCUUUCGCUAGCUAUUGCACAGACUGUCCUAUCUGCGCUUCAACUGUGCCCAUAA